UGGUUUAAUGGAAGGAGGAGACAUGGACAACUUUUUUGACAGCCUUGAAAGCCUUCAGGGACAGGAGGAAGUAUGUAACGGAGAAGCUUUGACCAGUUCUGAGUUUUGUUUCUAUGGGAACUUUCGUGAGGAUAGUUUUGCAGAUUUGGAACUGAAACACUAUGCCGAAGAGGAGUGUCUCUGGCAACCGAAGGUUGCACCUCAUGGAGCGUUUUCCUAUACUUCAGGUUACAAUAAAACACCGGAGAGAGACAAAGAGCUUCUAAUAGACCAGAAUAACAGCUUCGUAAAUACGCCUGUUACAGACUCUGUUCCUGAAACGACUUGUGUGAAAGAGAGUCUCUCAUGGUCUUCUGUAGGCUCGUCGACUAACCUUGACGAUGAAGCUGAAGCUUGCAAGAAUUUGCAGUCAAAUGGAAGUUGCUGUAAACGUGAACGUGAACAACAGCUGUUUCCACUUAUAGAAAAACUACAGUUUCAAGUCGACCUGUUAAAAAGUGAAAACCACGACUUACGAAAACAUAUGGGUCGUAUUUCCCAAGAGAAUGAAAUCCUUCGGUCACAGCUACAACAUUUACAAGAAAAUAAGACUUUAGUGUUCAAAUCUGCGAAAACUGGUAACAAAAGGCAGAGACCAGAAGAAGCCGUUGCAGUCGAUAGUGAAACUAUUUCUGCAAAGUGUAACCCGUCUACAACGAAAGCAGAACGACGAAAACGAACUUUGAAGUCCAAGACUCUCUUUUGCUUCAGUAUAAUUUUAGGUUUUUUCAUACUCCCGUACUUUUUCCGCAGGCAGUCCUAUUUGGAUAAGAAUUAUGUUGGUAUUGUGUGGAAAAAUGGAAGCAAACCGGUGACAGCCAUAGCGAAAUAUAUUCCUUAUAUGGAAGAGAGAAGUCCAAGUGAGUUGGUUGGUACUUCUCAAACGAAACAAGUUGUAAGGGGUGAAACUCAUUUUGACAGUUUUUUCCCAGCUGUGAGGAAGAGCUAUGAUCCUUCUACUGAACAUUGGAUAAGAAGAGCAGUAGAGGCUGCAAUGCAAUUGGCUGAUCCAUCCCCCGAAGAUGUACACAACUUGGUAACACAUCAGAAAGCAGAAGAUUUUCUACGCUCCUAUGCCUCUUGGAUUACCCACAGAAGGGGCAGUCCAACCAUGUUGGUAAUUACCAGAGAUUUGGUCUCAGUGCUACCUGAAAACGUGAUAGAAAACUCAUCUUGUCCGGACCCGUCCAAGGGGAAUUGUGACUAUACUGUUUCACUGUUAAUGCCAGUGCGUUCUUUUAACGAAAGUUUGAGUGAUUGUAUUUACACGUCAUUGGAAUGCCAACUUACUCAAGGAAAGAGUAAUAAAACACUGUGUAAAUGUUAAAUUUUUGUAUAAACUUACGGAUUUUGCC